UCAAAAAUUACCGAAUUAAUCCUUGGCACCCUUGUUCUGAGACAACAAGGAUUAUUGAAUUAUAAUGAAUCGUUAGAAGGGACUUUGAAGAUUGAAGGAUUUAAUAAUUUAAAAACAUUUUCUUCUUUUCCUAGUAAUUUCACUAAGUUAGAGUUUAACAAUUGCCCUAACUUAACUAAAAUUUUUUGCUCGGAUGGUAAAUUAACGGAUUUGAACAUUACUAAUUGUCCUCAAUUAACUAUCCUUCAAUGCGGAAUUAACCAAUUAACAAGUUUAAAUGUUAAUGGUUUAAGUAAUUUACAAGAAAUUAAUUGUGUGAAUAAUAAACUAACUAGUCUUGAUUUCCUUGAUCAAUUACCUAGUCCCAAAAAGUUAACCAGACUUUUUUUAGAAAACAAUAACUUUCCAACUCAGAAUUUAGAAAUUUUUCGCCAGUUUAGUAAUUUAACUCAUCUUGCUCUUUAUAAAAAUCGUUUCUAUGGAAGUUUAGAACCUUUAAAAGACCUAACUAAAUUAGAAGUAUUGACUAUUGACAAUACCGAUAUUGAUUCAGGAUUAGAAUAUUUGCCAGAUAGUUUAGAAAAAAUUGGGGCUCCAGAAAAUAAUCAAGAGUUAGUAAGUAAAGUAAAAAAAGAAAGUCCGGAAAAACAGAUAGAAAUUAAAUUAGAAAGCAGUUCUAGUUCCAAAAAAAAGAGUAAGAGAACUAAACAAAAGGAAAAAUUGAAUAAUGCACAAGAGCAAAUCGCCCAAUUACAAAACGAGUUGGAAAUAGAGAAAAAUAAGAACAAUAAGUUGCAAAAAGAACUAGAAGAGUUAAAGAACAAACAUGCUAACCAAAACCAAAUUACUAGAAAAUAUUUGCAAAAUCAGAAAGCAGAAGUUGAGAAAGCGGAAAACCAGUUAGAUAAUUUAGAACUGCAAGAGGAACAACGAAGAGAAAUUAGAAAGGAAGAAAAAGUUAUUACUCUUCCUGCCGUAGAUUUAGUUAGUUAUGCCGAAAACAUUGAAAAAAGGCAGAUCUGUGGAGUUCUUACUUAUCAAAGCCACUCUCUUGAUUCUACAGAAAUAAUAGAAAAAAAGGUGCUAGAUUACUUAAAAGAAAAAAUUGAUAAAUAUAACCCUGAGAAUUAUGCUUUUUUGGUUAAUAAAUAUGUCGGUGGAAAAAUAGAACCGGGCGAAACGCCCUUAGAAGCGGCCAAAAGAGAAGUCUUUGAAGAAACUAACUUAAUAAUUGAAGAUUUAGAAAUAGUUAGCGAACAGGCUUUUGAUAAAAAAAAUCAGCACUGUAUGGGUUAUCUGGUUAAGGCUAAUAAAUACUCCGGAGAAAUAAAAAUCAAAGAAGUGGAAAAGAUUGCCGAUAUUAAAUUCAAGAGAAUAGAUUAUGAGUUUGCGGUCAACAGACUUUUUUAUGCUAUCAUUUUUGAAGUUGAUUAG